GCUUCAAAUCGUAAACGUCAAUUUUCUAUCGAGUGUAAACUCGUUUGCGAUGUUAAAUGUUGAUGUGUGAUCGUUGAGUAUUCGCGAAGAUCGUACUUUUGUGUUUUGAGGAGAGAUGUUAUGACGAGUCUUUGUUUUCUGAACAUCUGAUUUUCUAUUUCAAAGAAAAUUAUUAUUGCUCGCGCGUAGAAAUACGCUGCGAUUCUAAUUCAAUGUAUUUUUCCAAAGCAUGAUCGUGCCAAUAGGUGUUUUUGCAAUAUUUAGGUGUUUUGAUUGUUUAAGUUGUGUGAUUUUCGUAGUAAUAAUGAGAUAGUGGAGUGUCGUGAUGUGGUUGUGGAACAUGUGGGGAGCCCUGUGGACCCUGGAGGUACUGUCCCUGGUCGGAGGAGGUGCUGCGUCACCAAUGGACCCUGGGUUACCAAUGUCGCGAGGGAUGUCACUAUCGCCAUUCGUCCGACAUUGGCAGCCUGCGGAGUACCAGCCACUGGCGUUGCGCAAACGCAGGUCCGCAUCGCCUCCUCCCCCGCGCUCCACACCCCUGCGUCUCACCUUCAAGGCGCAUAACAGGGAAUUCCGACUUCUCCUCCAGCCCAGCCCAAGUUCAGUAUUCACAGAAGACGUCCAGUUCCAUUCCACUUCCGGCCCUCUUGACUACAAUACCGCGCUUGUUUAUUCCGGGAAGCUAGAAGAUGAUGAUUCAUCCCACGUCUAUGGGGUGAUAACGUCUGAUGGAUUGUUCGAUGGGACCAUAUGGACAUCUUCUGAAGAAUAUUACGUGGAGCCACUUUCUCGGUACAAUGUAGAUCAUCCGACCAUGCAUAGCGUAAUCUACCGACGCUCAGACGUAGAGCACCCACAUAGCAAUCGAGACGCCACGCAUUGUGCCUCACAUCUUCUACACAUAAAAGGAACAAUUGGCCAAAGCGGGGAACUAUUCAAUUUUACAGAAGAGCUUACUCUCACAGAGGUUCCCUUCACCAACUAUUCAGAUGACCUUACAACCGAAAUCAAUAGACGAAAGAAACGAUGGCUUCCCGAUGACGAAAUGCAGGACGAUCAGCCAAAGAAAAAUCCUGAUCUACCUUUAGAUUUAGACGUACCAUACUCUAGUAACAGUGACCCAUUCGACAAAUUUAGUACGAGGAAACCGAAGACCAAAAUUGAUAAGAGUAACUUAAUAACUAAAGUGCGACUCGAUUCAAUAGAAGAAUCGAGACCGAAGCCAAAGACUCACGUGGAGGUGAUAAAGACUAAAGCAGGAGUAGUUACAGUAAGCAAAGAUAUUGUCAAGAAAGAGCCGGUUGGGUAUACAAUAUUAUCAGCCAAUGCAACUGACGAUGGGAGGCAUGUAAACAAGAGAGCGACAGUUGAUCCGAGAAAGACAACAUGCCUAGUGUAUUUACAAGCGGAUCAUAUGUUUUACCAGCGCUACGGUUCCGAGGAAGCCUGUAUCGAAGUGAUGACACGCCAUGUGCAGAAAGUUAACGCCAUAUAUAAAGUAACAGAUUUCAACCAAGACGGAAAGCCAGACAAUAUAACAUUCAUGAUAAAAAGGAUAAAAGUUCAUACUUUAGACGCACUCAAGGAUCCCGCAUAUCGGUUUCCCAAUAAUUAUGGAGUUGAAAAGUACUUGGAACUUUUUUCAGAGGAAGACUACGACGCGUUUUGUCUCGCAUAUAUGUUCACAUACCGGGACUUUGAAAUGGGGACUCUCGGGUUAGCCUGGACUGGAGAUUUGAAGAACGCUGGGGGUGUUUGUGAAAAAAAUGGUCAUUACCGGGGCAGUAUGAAGUCCUUAAACACGGGCAUCGUGACGUUACUAAAUUACGGCAAGCACGUGCCGCCCGCUGUCUCCCACGUGACAUUGGCUCACGAAAUUGGACAUAAUUUUGGAUCUCCGCACGAUCCAGAGGUCUGUACCCCUUUUGGAGAAGAUGGAAACUACAUAAUGUUCGCACGAGCUACGAGCGGUGAUCGCAAGAAUAAUAACAAGUUUUCCCCGUGUUCCUUGAGAGCUAUAGAUCCUGUACUCAAUAAUAAAGCUCGCUCGCCCAAAGGAUGCUUCACAGAACCGCAGCCAGCGAUAUGCGGUAAUGGCGUGGUGGAGGAAGGCGAAGAAUGCGAUUGUGGCUGGGCAUCCGAAUGUACGGACGUGUGUUGUCGUCCGCAGGCCGUACGUCCUCACUACAAGCCGUGUACGCUAACUGAACAUAGCGUGUGUAGUCCUAGUCAGGGUCCCUGCUGCACAUCUUCAUGUACACUCAAAUUUGGGGAUAAAUGUCGCUCUGAUAAUGGAUGCCGAGACGCGGCGCAUUGCGACGGGAAGCGCGCUGUUUGUCCCGCGAGCAGACACAAGCCCAACCGAACUAGAUGUGACAAGGAACUCGUCUGUUUCAUGGGCGAAUGUACGGGUUCAAUCUGCCUCGCCUAUGGCCUGGAAUCAUGUCAAUGCGUACCUCGUAAGGAUGAUCCUAGGUCAGCCUGUGAGUUGUGUUGCCGGAAAACGGGAGGACCCUGUCUAUCCAGCUUCCAUUGGAACACAUCGCCGUAUGAUGUCCCGGAUAUGUAUGCAAAACCGGGAACCCCUUGCAAUGAUUAUAAUGGCUACUGUGACGUAUUCCAACGUUGCCGUGAAGUAGACCCGUCAGGUCCGUUGGCGACUCUCCGGAAACUCUUAUUGUCCGAUGAAAGCAUUGCCGGCUUCAAACGGUGGGUCCUCCGCCACUGGUACGCCGUUCUGCUCAUACUCCUAGCUGUUAUUGCUCUCCUGGUGGCGAGCACCCGGUUUCUGGGGAGGCACGCUAAGAAGAUGAAAUCAGUCACAAUCAUCCACUCAUCAACCACAGAAACCGUCCGUCUGCCUGAUGCCGGCGACCAGAUGAUCGUACAUACGGCCGUCAGAUCCAAACUCCCUCUUAAGAAGAAGGUAGCACUUCGCACUCGAGCAUACCGCAGUAAGAAGGAACAGACUAACAAACAAGGAGACAAGGCGUCGCCUGCGCAUGCCGCUAAGAACAACAAGAAGAGAAAACCACCGGCCCAGCCCAAACUUGAUGAAGUCAAAGUAGCAAAAGAAUCUACUGUCGUUGUUACAAAUGCCGAAGGGAAGUCUCCUAAACAUGUUAUAUUAUCGAAACAUAAAGGGAAAGUUAAAAAGAGAAAGCUCAAAGUCAAAAAGGAAACCAUAGAUUAUAGCUCAAUGCAGAAACAUCCUUCUUCUCCUAUUAAGGACAAUGAAGCUUUAUCUAAAGUUCAGAAGUGGCUGCUCAGCUCCCCCCAGCCCACAGUUAUCCCUAAGUCGAAAUCUAUACCUGUCAAUUUAACUGAAAGAACGCAUCGCCAAAUCUCAAAAGGAUCCAGGAAAGCUAGGCCUUCAAAAAGUGCGACAAACCUUUUCUCCGGAGAGAAAGCUAGAUUACAAGUAGUUUUCAAACCUCCAUUUAGAUUUAGCGUUAAAAUUUGUAAGAGCGAUAAAUCCAAAGUAGUUCUAGAUAAGUCGUCGAAGCCCGAAUUAGAAAGGAAACGUCACGAUUCCCUUCCUCAGCAGACCUGUCCAACCGAAUCGGGAAACUCAAACCUUAUCUCUAAACUAAAGUUAUCCAAUUCAAUUAAAAAUAGUACAGAACAUACAACGAAUACCCAAAACGCAGACAUAGGUCGACAAGAAACCGUGCACGGUUAUGAAAAUCUCUUACCUCGCAGCGUUAGCGAUUGCAAGUUGGGAAAGAAAGCGGCCGAUGUCAAAGUACGCAGCGGGCACAAGAAAAGUAAUUCGGUUGGUCAGAGACGCGACACAACUGAGAGUAGACAAAAUCUAAUAUCGCAGGAAGAUUUUGACAACGCUCACGUUUACGAAAACGUGGUAUUGUCGCAAGACGCCUUCGUCCCGAAAAGUUGCAGUAUGCCGCGCCGUCAGAACUCCGCUGUCAUCUCCAGACAGAGCAGCUACGGCCAUCUACCUCGAGCACAAAUCCGCCCACAUAGACACAGCACCAACAACGUCACGCGAUCGCGAAACAACAGCAACGGCGAACUGGAACACUUCUACAACGUGAUCGAGACGUUGCGGCGCGACGCCAACCCUUGCGACACGAACACAAGUAGUUCGUCCGGUAGUACCGCGCGCCAGGGGAAAACGCGUCAGAACAGUCUGGCCGAUCCGUCGAAGCUCAAACGGCAGAUGAGCGAGGUCGAGCUGGAUAAGAGUAAACUCAGGGGCUUCCAAUUAGUGGUGGGAAAGGAGAAGCUGAAGCGGCAGCUGAGCGACAACGAGUUGGGUCGUUCGCGGCCUCAGUUGGCCAUGCCGAUGCCGAUGUCGGCGGGCGCAGAGCCGCGACCCGCGUUCUGCUUCAAACGCGCCAGCCUCGACUGCGAAGCGUCUCUUCCGGCACGGCAAAAGUCUCGUAGCUCCAAACGGACGUAUACGUUUGGAGAACUCAAGAACACCGUCCCGAGUGCCGAACCGUGCCAGUCGCCGGCCGACGGCAUUCACAUCUCGCCCGAGGAAUUUUUGAAAAUAAUCGAUAAUUAAAUUCCGAGUAGCGGUAAGCCGUGUACAUUGUUAGUUCGUAUAUUGCUAAUGUAAAUAUUGUACUUGCUUUUAGUGUUAAGGAACGACCCUGCCACUGAAACGGACCAUUGUUUCUAAUGUCUCAUAUUCCUUUGAGAGAUUAUAUUCUUUUACAAUUGUAGUUUUUCCUAUAAACUACAAUUGUAAAAGAAGGCUUCAUCAUAAACUUUUAAAUUGAAUAAUUUCUCACCUCAACUGAUUUUUUACAAAUCAAUUGUUUACUUAUUUCGAAAAAUAUUAGUUUGUAUAAUACGUAUUUUGUUUUAGAAUAACAAUGGUCCCGUUUCACUGUACGAUCUCUAUAAAUGAAUCUCUAUUUUUUCUACAUAACCUAUUGUACAAAUUGACUCAUACCUAUUAUAAUAUGUAAAGUGUUCAGAUAACAUUAUCUCUAUAACUAUUACAGUGUACGUAAACUUUAUUUUACGUCAAAAACUUUUAUUUUUCCUAAAAACUUGCAAAUAUGUAUUUUACUGCUUUAAAUCUUUAUAUUUAUCUAAGAAUGUGCUAAGUACAAUAAUGUAUAAUACGCCCGAUAGGAAAAUGAUUUUUGAAGUUAUACUUCUUUUGGCGCGGUAGGGAAAGAUAAUGAGUAUUUUUUCACGAAGCGCGCGCAUACCGUCACAAAAAACCGACACCAUGAAGUUGUAAUAGUCAACAUUUUAGGUAUUUCUGUUGAACGUAUAUAAAGGCGAAAGAUUCAAAAUUUUGAAAGGAUUUUUAUCUUGUUACGCCGAAGAAGUAUAACCUCAAACGCGUGUAUAUAAGUACACACACGUUUUUUUUUUAAAUCUGUCAAUUAAAUAUGUCAAUCUGUUAACAACAUAUAAUAUUUUAUAGUUACAAAUGAAUAAUUUAAAAUCAUUAAUCGCUAUAACGCCAAUUAUUUAAUAGUGAGAUAAAAUGUACUUGAUUAAUACAAGGCAAUUUAAAGGUACUUGCUCAAAACAAUCGUAUUUUAAACUUUGAUUUGAAGACAUAAUCUGUCUUUUGGUACCACAUUCUCGAAGAUAUACAACUAUUUUGAGCAGGACCAUUUAAAUUAAGCAUAUUUUAGAAAACUAAGCGCGUAGCAGUAAGGUCAUAACUUAUAUUUUUCAAUAACUGCGAAAUCAUAAUUUAAGUUUUAUUAAAUCCAUGAACUAUUUUCUCUUCAAUAUUGCCAGAUGUCUAAAAUAGACUUUAUUUUUACACUUGUAUUAAUCAGUACUAACGAAAUUAAAAGCUUUUUCACAAUAAAUAUUUUUCUAUAAAUUUUAACAGAAACAAAAUUAAUACAGCUUCUUGCGUUACAAAUAUCUGAGAUGGAAUAUUAUUUAAUUCGUGUAUUAGUGGGACAAUAUUAUUUAGUAUGUAGACGAGUGGUUAACUCAAUUAGGUAAGGAAUUAUGAAUUGAAAUAUGCAUUUAAGUUAUUGUAUUCCCGCCUAAUUUUAAAAGCUGACGAUAUGUGAUAGUCCUGUUGUAUUAAAUUGUCGCUGUAUAACCUCGUGUGUCCAGAGAACCAAACAUUACAGGAAACGAAAAGAAUGUUUCAUUUCACCAACGUUCGUUUAUUAUAUGCUUUUGUCCAAAGUUAUGGAUGGUAAAAGGACUUAUUUAUUAAUAACAUAAGUCGUUGCUUCAUAACUUAUGAAACGAACUAUAUAAAUAUAUAAUUACUUAUGAACUUCAUAACUUAUGAAUCAUAAGAUUAUACCAGUUAACUUUUGACAUACGAGGUUGUCAAUCUACAGUGACGUUAUGUAUAUGUUCAUAGAAUGAAGUAUGUUUUUUUUUAAAUUGGCAGACUUCUUGAAUAAUAAACAUGCUAAAAUGUUACUUAUACGCCUUUUUCAUUCUAAUUUUCCGUGUAUAAAAAUGACUUGAUAAGUUUGCCAUUUACCAAAAUUAAUUUAUUUCUGUCUCAGGUAUUGAGCAAAUGCGAUAAUUUAGGAUUGACGUGGUAUGUCGCGUUUUUUCGGCUAAUUAAUGCGUCUAUGAGCUUUGUAAUAGGAGUGUAAGGGUAAAUUUUAAAAAUGAUACUCAAAGUAUUGAACGUGUUACAAAUUUGUAUUUUAAAAUCGUUUCUUACGGGUACCUACUUAGUACUGUACGUUUGAGUAGAUUGCUUCAUGUUUUAUUAGCUCUAAAUAACGUGUUAAACUUCGUUGUCCUAUGUAAAAAUAAUGUUCUUAGAAGUGCGUAUUCCUUUUAUUUGUUUAUCCAGUAUUUUAUAUAUUAUGUGAUUGUUUGUCGUUAUUACGACUGCAGUGUGUUAAAUGAAUUUGUAAAUGAUAUGUACGUAAUUGUAAUAGAAUUGAGUAAACUAUUCGAUCGUUUUAGGUGACGAUACAUUUAUUAUUAUUCUGAACAGAAAAAAUGAAUUCGAUAUUGGUUCAAAGUGCCUUAUGAGCAAAUUAUUACAUUCCUACAAACAUUCCACGUAAUUUUAUGGUUUCAAAUGACUAAAUAGAAUUAAUUCAUAUUCCAUUAACAUUUUCGUAAUUAUUUCUAUUAAAUAACGAAUUAUUGUAAAAACCCAAUAUACCUAUAGUAUAGUAUAGUUAUUGUUUCUGUACUUACGAUUUAGUCUGUGAUAGAAUAUUUUUCAUGAUCUUUUGUUUCAAUCACCAGUUAUUAUUUGAUUUUGAUUUAU